AUGACCAACCCCGACGCCGUCAGAGACCAAUUCUACGAGGACCUGCACGCCCUCGUGGCGACUAUGCCGAAGGCGGGCAAGUUGAUUGUCCUUGGCGACUUCAACGCCCGCGUCGGCACAGACCAUAAUGCAUGGAGAGGAGUGCUGCGUCCUCACGGUCUCCGCGGCUCCAACGACAACGGCCUGCUGCUCCUCCGCACCUGCGCAGAACACCGCCUCAUCCUGACGAACACGUUCUUCUGUCUGCCGGAGCGAGAGAAGGCCACCUGGAGGCAUCCUCGGUCGCGUCAGUGGCACCUGCUGGACUGUGUCCUCGUCCGGAGGCGAGAUCAGCGGGACGUGCUGGUGACGAAGGCGAUCGCGGUUGCUGACGGGUGGACCGACCAUCGCCUCGUCAUCUCGAAGAUGCGUAUUCGCCUACAGCCUCGCAGGAGACCACAAGGUAAGCGACCCCCAGGUAAGCUGAAUGUUGCUUUGUUGUCUUUGCCCGCUCAUCAUCUUCAUUUCAGUAAUGAGCUAGCUCAACGGCUAGACAACCUUCCCAUCGCCGAUGCCGCCGCUGCCGAGAACGCCUCCGUGGAGAACCGUUGGUGUCAACUGCGAGACACGGUCCAGUCGACGGCACUCGCCGUCCUCGUUCGCGCUCCCCGCCAACAACAGGACUUUUUCGACGAAAACGACGCCGCCAUCAGAAAUCUGCUUGUUGAGAAGAACCGCCUACACAAAGCCUACGUCGAUCACCCCUCUGAGGACAACAAAGCUACCUUCUACCGCUGUCGCCGCCACCUCCAGCAGAGACUGCGCGAGAUGCGGGACGCCUGGACUGCUCGCAAGGCUCAGGAGAUCCAAGGCUACGCGGACCGCAACGAAUGGAAGAAUUUCUUCUCCGUGAUCAAAGCUGUCUACGGUCCGCCGACGAAAGGCAUUGCGCCUAUUCUCAGCGUCCAUGUCAGCACCCCCCUGACGGAGAAGACACAAAUCCCACAGCGAUGGGCCGAGCAUUUUCCAGGCGUCCUCAACCGCCCCUCCGUCAUCUCCGACGCCGCCAUCGCCCGUCUACCGCAAGUGGAGACCAACGUGGACCUCGACCUCCCGCCAUCUCUUCAGGAAACCAUCAGGGCCGUGCAGCAGCUCUCCAACGGGAAAGCACCCGGAUCGGACGCAAUCCCUGCUGAGGUCUACAAGCACGGAGGUCCCCAACUGAUGAAUCACCUGACUGCGCUCUUCCAGGAGAUGUGGCGUCAGGGUGAAGUCCCGCAAGAUUUCAAGGACGCAACAAUCGUGCACCUAUAA